GGAUUUUUAAAAAAAACGGAUUUUCGGGACUUUUUAGGCAACCCUGCACGACUUUGCUAUUUCAGAAGUGGCAGCACUGUCUGCUGUUCUCCGUCCGUCAGCUAGGCCUAUAAAAUUUUGGUUUGGGAAUUUUCAGGAACAAGUGUAACUUCGGAGCUAGCCAUUAUGUCUCAUUAUCUGCGCGUUAUAAAUAAAUCAUACUCAAAUAUUCUUGGGGAAAAUGGAAUGCAACGUACUUUUAUCAACAAUAACAAAGUACAUCUUGUAAGAAAUAACUUAAUUCCAACAAGAUUAUAUAGCACUUCAAAUAGUGUAAACCUUGAGAAUCACAGUGAGAAAAAAGAUAUUCUAUAUGGAAGUGUAGAGGUUGAGAUACGCAGUGGGGAACCAGCAGUGCUGCUAAGCUAUGAAUGGUUUGCCACUUAUGCUGCAAAGCAAUUGGGAAUAACAAUAGGCAAAUGUUGGGCUCCUCAAAAACCACAUCACCAUAGACUGACUCUUCUGAAGUCAGUCCAUAUUUACAAAAAACAUAGAGUUCAAUAUGAAGUUCGAACAUAUUUUCGUCACAUGAUUUAUGAAAGACUAACAGAAUCAACUCUGAAAACUUUUUUGGAGUAUAUCCAACGAAAUGUUCCAGAAGGUGUUUCUCUCAAGGUUUCAAAGAAAUCAUUUAUGGAUUUGCCAGCGCAAUUGACUGAUCACGUUCCAUCAGUAACUUUGAAAUAAAUUUCGUAGACAAUUAAAGAAUGCUGGUUUCAAAAAAAUUCUACCAUUGAAGAAGAUAGUAAAUUAACCUGGUGCAAAUGCAAACUUCCCUUAAAUCAAGUGCAAUAACAGGGGACAAGAAUUAGACUCAAUGUCAAGGAGCUGAUGGAUUACAUAUAAUACAAUAGAAACGGUGAAAGUCCAAGCUAUCAGAUUACAUGUAACAUUAGAUAAGUAACAUAGGUAAGCAAUAAAACAUAUCCAACGGCGAAGGGUUAAACGUUGCUGAAAGAAGACAAGAAUAGUUCGUUGUUUCCGCACGGAAACUUCCUGCCUAGGAUCUUGAACUUCUGAUGUUGAUGGAAAACGCAACUCUUGGCAGAAAGGUUAUACAACAUGACGUACAUAUAAUUCAUGUAUAUUACUGUUUCCCAACGCAAACCCGUGUGGACUAGUACCACGAAAC